CAAUUAGUUUCUGUUAUGGCGCCAGCUUCUUUACAAUUUUGCGCUCGCGUGCUUGUGUAGGCGAGAUAGCGUGCUGGGUUUGCUUAUCAUCAAGCGCGUGACCAAACCAAACGUAAAAGUUUUACCGCAAGGUAGCCCUGCCAGCGUUUCUGCGAUUUCGCCUGCCUCUGAUUGCAGUGGCGUUGCGCCUGUGAAGCGCGAGGUUACGUUGUGCGCACUUCGCUGCGACGCGAUUUUCAAUGAACCCGAGUCGUGAAACGCAGUUGAGAAGACUGAAGUCUUUGAUACAAAGCAGCGAGACACAAUUAACAUCUGUAUUAGAGAAACUGAAAUGGUCGAAGGACGAGGUCCUGAAGAAGAAGGGCUAUGUCGUGUGCCCUAUAGAUCCAGGGCACACAAUGCCCGAGGCAUCAUUGAGCGCACACCUUGACCUCUGUGCUUGGCUCAAGGAGGGAUAUAGCAGGCAAGAGAAGGAGGCUGCCCCACCAAGCUCACAUUUCUUUUAUGGAAGGUCCACAUCAGUUGUUCCUGUGUUAAUAGACAGGGAAACUCAAAGCAAGAUAAUUACAGAUGCAGCAUUCAGAGGAGAUGUUCCAGCCGAAGUUUGCCAGAAGGUGAAGAAUGGCGUGCCACUGACAAUGGAGCGCUGCUUUUCGGAGCUCACUGCUGCAGAGAGGUUUGCAGUCUACGACUAUGUGGUUGAGCGAGCGAAAGCCACAAACAAGGCAUCUGCUGUGAAGCUCGAGGACCUCCAAGUCAACUUUGAAAAGAAGCCUGACAAAGAUGAACAACACCCGCCCAGUGAGUUGGAGUUGAAAAGACAGAUGCGAGACUACAAGCGUCGAAGGCAGUCUUAUCGGGCUAAGAACGUCCACAUUACACAGAAGACAUACACAGAGAUCCUCAGAGAGGUCAUACAAAACCAAACAGAGUACCUCAAGCAACUUCAAACAGGAAAUGACGAGGGAGCAGGGUGUUCACCAAGACUGGAAGGAAAGGAUGACAUCGAAAGACAGCCACUGCCUCGUGCAUCAGAGUGGAGGGAUAAGAGGGAGUCAUCUGUGGCGUCAUCAAUGUCAUCGAAAUGGAGGCGCAGUCGUAGCCCUGACACUAAUGGUCGCAGCAUCGACAGAAAGCCUUCCGAUGAAGCCCACAGCAGACACAGGUCAACAGAACGUCAUGAGCACAAAAAGCAUCAUCGGUCUCAUCACCACAAGAGUAGACACAAGCACAAGCAUAAAUCGAAAGACACUGAAACCUUGGAGUAGGGCCAUUUUCCCCCCAUUUCUUGAAUAAAUUUGUACUGCUUUGCACAUAA